GAAAGGAGAGAGGCAGCAGCCUGUGGGAAUGGUAAGCUAUCUGUUACUAGUUAACUAGGAGGGAGGAGGAGGAAGAGGAGGAGGUUUGAGGAGGAUGAGGCACCAAAAUCAUUGAGAAGCAUCUAAUUGCCCAGAACCCACCCACCCGUCGCAUGAACACUAACUACUAAAUCAUGCAUCGCUUUGCCCUUUCUUCGCCAUCGUCAUCGAUCUUGCGCCUUAACUCAUUCCCCUUUCUUUCACUCAAGUCGAGCUUCCCCACGGUCUUUAGCUAUGGGCAUAAUAUCCAACACUUUGCGCCCUUGUCGCGCCGAGAUUACAAAUUCCGUAAGAAGAAGAUGAGAGGCGCCCUGGUCCUGGUGAAAUCGAGUGCAAGGGAGUCGCCAUACCAAGUUUUGGGUGUGUCGCCCUCGGCUUCCACCCAGGAAAUUAAGAGGGCUUAUCGAAGACUCGCUCUUAAGUAUCAUCCUGAUGUGAACAAAGAGACUGGUGCCCAGGAAAAAUUUAUGAGGAUUAAGCAAGCAUAUAAUGCACUACUGAACUCAAAAUCCAGAGAUAGAUAUGAUUCUCGAAAUCAGGGAUCUGAUUUUUCUUAUUCUGCAAGUGAAGGAUACCAGAAGAGUAGAGAAUCUGAAGAAGAGUUCUACGGAUUGGAGGACUUCUUCAGAGAUCUUCAGGAAGAAUUUCGGAACUGGGAGGCAACUGCUUCCACUCAAGGAAAGCCCAAAAGCUUGUGGGAAGAAUUGGCAGAGAUUGGAGAAGAGUUUGUUGAGUUCUUAGAGAAGGAAUUGAACAUAACGGAUCAAGAGCCCGGUGAAAACAACGAGGGAAGUUCUUUCAAGGGUAAUGCAAGUACCGAUAAGGCUGAUAAUACAAGCAGCAUUUCUGACAACAUAAAUGAGAUCGAGCAAGCACUUGCCCAAUUGAAGAAGGAAUUGGGUCUCUAGCUAAAUACAAGCUUUAGAAGAAAUGUAUGAAAUUGCUUCUGGACGACGACUAUGGAAGCUUGAGCAUAAACAAUUGCCUCGAGCAUGGGAUUUUGGUAUUCUCUCUCAUUCAAUCUCAAUCUUCGAUACAACUGUCAUGGUGUGGGCAGGUGGUGAAAUUACUCUAUUAUCUUCAGAUUUCGGUAAGUUAAACAGAGUCAUGAGAUCAACCAUUAUAUAUUCCAUUGUUUUAGUCGAUUGAACAUUAUCAAGCGUAAAUGAACGAUUCCCUGCUAUGAUGGUAACGUAUGUACUGCCAUUAAGGAAACAGCAUGAUGAUUUUGUUCAUAAUUUUCCAGAUGUGUGAAACAGUGUACAUUUUUAUGUAGUCUAGAAGUUUUGAUUAGUAUA